AUGCUCAAAAUGAGAUUAAAAAAAGCACAAUUAACGUUGAACAUAACGUCGUGUAUCUUAACGAUCGACCUCGACGUCACAGUCCCGAAUAAGAUGUUGAACAAUCAUGCGUACAACGUGGCAAGGAAAGCACAUGACUAUCUGUUUAAAUUCCAUCCAUUAACGGAGAGUGAAGAAUGGAACAUACCAAUAAUCGGUCCAAACGUGAGAGACUUCGUAUACCAACAAGCGCCGGAACUGCAGAAAAAAGAUAAGGAACUCAUUAUAAGAAAAGCAGCAGCGCUCUCUGUACACAGAAUUUUGCAACUCCUGAAUUAUGACGCGUUGAACACAGUCACAUGGCAACAAAUAUGCGACUUUAAUAGGAGACAAGCAAGAGGUAGGACUCCGAAAUGGUUCGACACGUUAUUAGGCCUAGUACAACAGUCAUCUCAACUUAAAGACCUGUGUAAGAUAAGUGUGGAGUCCUCUAACUCAGAAAGCGAGUCAGGAAUGGACAGAGGAAUCUCAAUUAACAUUCAAGCAAUUAAAGAUGACAAAAAAAGUUCCAUCCAUAAAUGGCAGAAAAAAGGAGUUCGUGUAUACACAGCAGGACCAUACAUUAGUAAUAGGGCAGAUUGA